CGUUUCUUUCAGUGCUGUUAGCAUGAAGGUAGAGCAGUGGAGCCCUCCCCCGACGCAGUCAGACACACACACACACCGGCUGUGACUCGUCACUCCGCGCUGGAAAAUGGCUGCGGCGGACCGGCCCCCGGUCAAGGAAUGGGUCCGGAUAGUUUUACUGUGCGUAUGCUGGUACACGGUCAGCUCUGGGGGAAACGUCAUUAACAAAAUCAUCCUCAAUGGAUUCCCGUAUCCGGUCACAGUCUCUUUAUUUCAUAUUGUUUCUAUCGUCGUCUUCCUCCCGCCGUUAUUGCGGGCAUGGGGAGUCCCCAAAACAGAACUACCGAGCAGAUACUACCGGUGGUACAUCCUGCCUUUAGCUUUCGGAAAAUAUUUUGCAUCUGUAUCGGCUCAUUUCAGCAUAUGGAAAGUACCCGUUUCAUAUGCGCACACAGUCAAAGCCACAAUGCCAAUAUGGGUUGUACUACUAUCAAGAAUCAUCAUGAAGGAGAAGCAAACCACAAAGGUUUACGUAUCGCUCAUCCCCAUCAUUGGCGGAGUGCUCCUGGCCACAGUGACUGAGCUGUCCUUUGAUGUUUCGGGACUAAUCAGCGCUCUGGCCGCCACGCUCUGCUUCUCUCUGCAGAACAUCUUCUCUAAAAAGGUCUUGCGAGACACGAGGAUCCAUCACUUGAGACUGCUUAACAUCCUUGGCUUUAACGCUGUUAUCUUCAUGCUGCCCACUUGGGUUCUGGUGGAUCUCUCUGUGUUUCUUGUUAAUGGAGACCUGUUCGACGUCUCAGGAUGGUCGAGUACCUUACUCCUCCUGCUCAUCAGCGGCUUCUGCAACUUCGCCCAGAAUGUCAUUGCCUUCAGCGUACUUAACCUCGUCAGCCCGCUCAGCUACGCCGUCGCCAACGCUACGAAGAGGAUCAUGGUCAUUAGCAUCUCACUGCUAAUGCUGCGCAACCCGGUCACCCUCACAAAUGUCCUGGGUAUGAUGACGGCUAUAGUCGGUGUCUUCCUUUACAACAAGGCCAAGUAUGACGCAAACAAGGAGAAGAAGCUGCUGCCCAGCACCCAGCAGGACCUAAUGUCCUUCAGCAACCCAGCGCUGGAGAAGAUCCAGGCCAACGGGUCAGUGCCUUUCUCCCACGGCUCAGAGCAGCAGCACAGCUGGAACAACGUGCUGACCGACCACUUCCAGUACAGCCGACAGGCCUACACGACAAACUACAGCAGCAACCACCAGUACGUGGUGUAAAGGAGGAGUCUAUCCUCGCUCUGGUUUGCUGUCAUAGACAUAACUGUGUGUAGCCGCCCUCCCAGGAGACUGAAGGCAAGUGCUGUUUGUUGCGGAUAAGGAAGAUUGAAAUGAGUUGGUCGUGAUGAGCCAGUGAUGUGACCUCUCCCACGCUCCUCCCUGUCUAAACCUCACUUUCUGACAGCUUCGCUGUAUGUCAUUGUUUAUUUAUUACUCUGGUACCAACUGUGUGAGAUGGUCUGAAAGAAAGCAAAACUUAGAUCACUUUUUCCAGACAUUUCUAUGACGGAUUCAGACGUGUUAUCCAAACGCUGAAAUAUGCCACAGGAGGUGGACGUGUAAACGAUAAAUGAUUUACACCUUAGUGUCUGGAAAUGUCUGAGUUUGUUUUCACAGCCAGCUGUAAUUUAUUUUGUUUUAUUUUGUUCACUCAAUGAGCAAACCAUGUGAGCUGUAUUUUUUUUUUUUUUACUGUGACUUCCACCAAAUUGAGAAUCGAUCAUGUUACAUUUUGUAACGUAAUUAAAUAUUUUGGUUUUACGCCUUUUGCUUAUUUAGCAUUUUUCUUGAUGAGGCACCUGUGAUGAUGUGAGGAGGAGCAAUCUGAGUUGUUGUCCUCCUCGAAUACCUGUUUCACUGUUCGAAAGCUUGAGGCAAGUGGGACCGGUUUGUGGACAGUGUUGAAUUUUAGGCAACAGUCCCUGAAAUGUCCCCAUCUCAACACACUGUGAUCACUAUGGUGAUCCUCUGGCCUGUAGCAGUAGUUUUAAUGCAACAAAUCUUGUUAGAAUUAUGGGAAAUUAAACCAUCCACCUCUGCUCACUGCAUCUUACCAUCAGAUGUGAUGGUUACAUAAAUUAUCGGUUAUCUCAUUGGCAUCGGUAACAAGAAAUGGACAAUUAUAAGUUAUCGGUAUCGGCUUAAAAAAUGCAUAUCGUGCUUCUUCAGUGUUUAUUUUAGUAAUUAGCAAAUGCAUCAUCAUUGUGAGCACGUUGGCAUGGUAACCAUAGCAUUAGGUCAGAGUGCUGCUGUGCCUGAGUACAGCAUCAAAGCUGGUUAGCAGGACUGUAGACUCUUAAUCCAGAUUCAGUGUACGGGAGAUGCUAUUGCAGACAUGAAUACACUUAAUCAAUGCCUGAUUAAGAAAAAUGCCCAAAUUUCAAAAUUCAAAAAAAAAAAACCCCACAUUCAUUGUGUCUGCACCAAACUGAUGGUUGUAAACCUGAUGUCCACACACAGAAGCACAGUUGUUCUCAGCAAGUUUUUUUUUUUUUUUAACUACCACAGUCACACGUGCACACACACACACACACACACACACACACAAACAAACCUCCAUGUCUUUGCACCAAGAUCAACUUUCAUGAAAAUUAAGAGUGAGACAAGUUCUGUGACCCAGAACAGUCAGUGACCUCCCACAGUUCUGUCCUUUUCCCCCGAAUUAUACAUCAAUUCGCCGUUUAUCAUCACAGAACUUCAGUGUAAAAAGUUAGCGUAAAAUUAGAUUUACAGAAUCAGUCUGCACUACAACAGCUGCAUACUGUAAGGAUGCUCACAUUUUAUCUUUCUUAGGGGACUCUACCCUUUUAAAAUGUAACCCAGAUGUUAGAAUUCUUUUUUUUUUUCUUUUUUUUUUUGCUGUCAUUGUUUGAAGUUGAAGAAUUAGGUUAAAACAGUGCAGUUUAUUUUGUAUUGUUUAUUGGUUAUUUAUUAAUCUGCAAAGCUUCUCAGGCAGUGUUUCUCUCCUGUUAGGUGAUUUUUAUGUUGUUGUUUUUUUCCAGCCUGAACCAAAGCUGCUCUGUCAUGUUUUGUUUUUUUUUGUUGUUGUUUUUUUUUUUUUAGUUUUUUUUCUUGGCUUGGUUCAAGUUUGCGCAUCAUGAAACAACUCAAAUGUGUAUGCAGAUGGUGACAGUCUGUCCAGUUACUUUGUAGUCCUUAUGUUUAAUUUAGAGCAUUUUGUAACACUGGUGAGACUUGCAUGAAAUCAGAGCUCUUGGUUGUGCAAUUAGCAAGAUUCAGCUGUAAUUUCAGGUAGACCAGAGGUUUGAUUAUUGGUUGCAAUUUCUGCAAAAUUGUUAACUUCCAGUAAUAAUCAUGUAAUACUGAACAAAACUUUUUUCUUUUUUUUUUAAAUUUAGGAAAACAUUGUGCUUUUCUCCUUGUGUUAUCUCUGAUGCACACCGAGCGUCUCACUGGUGCAAUAUAAAGUUUUUAUAUUAUCUUUUUGUGACUCAAAUGUCUCAGCAUUUUCAAUCAGCAUUGUAUUUCUAAAUUCUUGUUGAUUUUGUAGCGACAGUGCAUGUUUAUUGAAUUUUUGCGUGUUGCAGUUGUAGCCAGUAAGAGCUUAUCGUUUUCAGCAGGUAGAGGGUGGCUGUGCAGAUGGAUUCUAAUAAUGUGGCUUUUUUAUGUGCUGUGUUUGCCUUCUUUGACAAAUUUAAAACACUGUUAAACUAUUCAGUCUGGAGGGAAAAUCCGAAAGAGCUCUUUUGUUUGGAUUUAUUGAUCAAACUGGCUCUUGCUGCUGAGGUGGUUUGUAGGAUCUUAGCAACCCAAAGUUGCUCUGGUUUUCUCCAGCAGGGAGACAAAUCACUACCACUUCAGUCGGAAACAAAAAAAUUGAAGUCCUGUUUUUAAAAACAAAAAAACGUCUUCUUUUUUUUUUUUAUUUAUUUUGUUCAGACUGCUGCUGGUAUUUGUGUGCUGACUUUGAGAUAUGGGCGUUAAGACUGCAUUAAACUGGAACGUAUUACCAGGAAAAUAUAAUUUGGUUUACAACAACAUGACAAAGGAGCUGAGUCUAAUCAAAACCUCUGAGACAGCUUUGUGUUGGCAGUGAAUUUUAAACUUCAUUAAGGUAGUGUUAGUCUGCUGGAACCUUUUCUUCUCUGCGUUUGUUUGUUUUGUUUUUUUAAAGUCAUUACCAAUGUUGUCUUUAUCGACUCUAAAUCGCUGUGUAGAGUGAUGAAAGUGUCGCUCACGGGUGGCAAAUAAGCUGAUAAUUUACACCCAUCUCUGCAUCAAGGAUUGUUUGUUUUACAACAUAUCUCAUAUAGUUAAAUGGAACUGAUCCUCCCCGUGUGCUGCCUGCCCAACACCAAAACGAGCAGACGGUUGUGCCAAGUAGCCGGAGGACAAAAGCGGAGCAUUAAAUAGCUAAAGCACCAGCUAUUUAUAAGGAUUUACUCAAAGUUUGGAUUUCAUUUGUCAUGUGGCCAGAAAUGUGUGCAUAUUCAUGAUUUCACCAACAUCUUCUUAGCUUCUGCCACUCUUACACAAAGACGUGGAUGUAUGAAAAUGCUGCUUUGUGAGUCCAGAUAUGUUACCGGAUAAUAGGACGCACAUACGACUUUGACUCUAAAUCGUUUUUUUUCCCAGCGCCUUUAUGUUCAAUGCGUGGUUCUUUGUCACACUGUUGAAUUGUGAUUUCUGUUAAUAUCUAAUCCCCUUAGCUGAUCAUUUGAAUUUCUUUAUGGCUAAAAUAAAGUGCGGGCAUCAUCUGCGUAUCAGGUUGUUGCAGUAGAUCACAUGAAAUGUGACUUAUAGAUGGUUAAACCCGUACUGUGUGUGUGUGUGUGUGAGAGGGUGGGGGGGGUCCAUCAGUUGUGAGGGUUGAGUGAAUUUGGAAAAAAAAAUCUACAAACGUGUCCACUGCUGAAAAAUGUGAUUACAUGGACUAAAAAUGUCCAAACAAAAUUACAGCUAUUACAGAAAGAGAUGGUAAUACAGUGUGCAUUUCAGAUUAGUGCUCAUUUCUCUAAAGUCAGCAGUUACAACCAGGAUUUUGAACGGUAACAAACGUUUUGCCAGAAUGCCCUUAGAGGAAGGAUUAACUCUGAUCUCUUGUGGUAAAUCAGUCUUUCCACUGCUGCAGCUAAAGUCUUUAUGUUCUUCAUGUCUUUCUUGAUGUCCCUCCUCAUGUUGCCAAAAUGCCAGAGAAUUUCUAACCUUUUUUUCUUUAUUUUUUGAAGCCGAUGCACCACAGGAUGGAGGUCUGUGUGCACAUCGAUGAGUUGUAAAAGUUCGCAAACUGCAACCUGUCAGACUGACGUUGCAGUUUAUGAAUUUCCUCAUGCUUUUAGUUUUUUAUUUUUGUCCUGCUGGCUGUUUGUUUGUUUGUGUACAGCGAGCGAGUUGGGAGGACUGUUGAUGUGGAUGUUGGCUCUCAUGUAAAGCUUUUCACUGGGAUGUAAAUGUACGGAGGAAGAGGCAGGUUACUUUGUAAAAGUUGUAUAACUAUCAAUUUUUGUGCGUCUUUAAUGGAUCUCAAGACAGAAUUUUUACUUAACCGAUGUUUAUAGAUUUUUAUUUAUGGUGUCAAGGUACAAAGAUGUUGUACAGAGGUGCAGCUGUGCACAGUCUUGUCUGCUUAUGUUUAGUAAAUGCUAUUUUUAAAUGUUGGGGGAAAAUAAAUGCAUUAUGGAAUACGCAACAAA